CCGCGCAGUGGGAGCGGCGGGACGUGACGAGCGGCACCGAGACCGCCCGAAAGGCCGGCUGAUGAGGUUGAGCGCUCGGACCGCUGGCGAGAAGGUGUCCGGGCUAGCGUGCGAGUGGAAAGCUUGGCUGUUGCGCUUGACGCGGUGGGCCGAGCAUCGAGCUUGUCGACCUUGCAAGCUUCUCCGCGCGUGCACUCGACGUCAAGCGCUUCUAGAGCCGUCAAGCUCUGCAGACAGACUGCAUGCUGAUGCAGCGACAGCUGCUCUCUUGCGAACGCGGUCUCGAUCGAGCACGUUCUGCCGCAGCGACCAGCCGAUCAGCGCUCGCAGGGCGCCUCCUCCGUCAGCGAGCUCAUGCCCGGGGCGAGGCAUCUCGGUCCGAGCGCUUGGGCCCCUGAGCCACGCGUCCUCUGCUGUCCUGCCCGCACCAUGUCUCACCUCGCAGGACAGUGAAGCCCGAUGGCUCGCCGUUGAUUUGCGGCCUGCCAUGCCCGCAGAUGAGGUGCUGAGCCGAGGCGAGACGGCUGGCCGGCUGCUGCUGUGUCUGCCCCGAGGAGGUGGCGUCACUUUCGUGGCACGGCUCCUCUGGCCUUAGCGUGCUCGUGCUCGCCCUCGUGCAAGCCGGGCCACUGCUGCGUUCUGCCGCGGCCGCGCGCAGCGCUGCGGCGCUCGACGCUCAGGCCGCGCCACGCAUGGACGCUUCGCGAGCACGUUGCGAUCGUCCUGCGAUGGUCCAAGCGUCCACGGCGCUCUUCUUGCGCUGCCGAGGUCUUGCUCGAGCGCUGGUGCUGCUCAGCAGACCGGUGCGCUCUCGCUGCGUGCUCGACAGGCGCAAACAGCGGCGCAGCAGGGCCGCCGUUCAAGCCUGAAGCCUA